AUGUCCAUAGACAUUCAUAAAUAUUUACCUUUGAUAUUAUCAUUCGUUUUCUUUUUUGUUGCAUUGUACGUUAAUUCAUUAGUACAAGUCAUAGCUGAUCGUCAGUCUCCAAAUGAAUUACCACCAUUACCCGAUAUUGGUCAUAAAAUACUUCCCUAUUGGUCCUAUUUUCAAGUAAACAAUUAUCUUCUAUUUACCAUCUUUAUAUCGGUUAUUAUUCGUUAUAUAUUUCAAUCAAAUAUUCGAUUAAUUGUAUUUCGUCGAUGGUUAUUCAUUCAAGGUCUAAUGUUUUGUAUGAGAUCAUUUUCUAUUUAUAUUACGGCUCUAAGUGUUCCACAACCGGGCUGUAAUACUACAGCAGUUGGUUCACCAGAAAUAGAAGCAUUUUAUAUUAUGUUAACAAUUCAUGCUACUUGUGGCGAUGUCAUGUUCAGUGGACACACGGUGACAAUUACUAUCUGUGCAUUAUGUUGGACGAAUUAUUCAAAAGGUGAAGAGUAUACACCAUUUAUAUGGUUAUAUCGAAAAUGUUUUAAUCGACAUUAUAUUCCAACAAUAGAACAGUCAGAUAAUCAUUUAAAUAAGAAUCGUUUUUUACAAUGGUUAUUCUAUCCAAAAUUGGAUGCAACCGGUGAUCCAUUAACUUUAUAUUUUACAUCAUAUUUAAUUUGGUUAUAUUCUAUUAGUAGUUAUCUUUUUAUUAUUGCUACACGUUUUCAUUAUAGUGUUGAUGUAUUUAUCGGAUUUUUAUUAACAUAUUUCACAUGGAAAUCGUAUCAUUUUUAUAUUAAAACACUAUUUGAAAGACGAAAAAUUAUUAUAUCAAGAUUUUUCAUUUGGUUUGAGGGAUUACAACAAGACACAUCUGUUGUAUUACCUCAAAAUAAUCAACAACAAGCUGGUGUACCAGUCAGUUUAUUAACUGGAAAUGAUUAUCAUGAACAAGGACAGUACUAUCCAGUGCAACUGAAUAAUAAUAAUACGACAUCAGUCGAUAUUGUUAAACCAGGUGAUGGACAGCAUAAUGAAUUUACUAUUUAG